AUGUUACUACUCUUUACCGCCCUUGCCCUGUUUGCGGGCUCGGCACGUUCCGUGUUGAUCAGUACUUUUGAUAAUUGUUUGAGUGAUGAUGUAGUACGCUCACCAACCCGUUUACAAUUCCAUCCGCUGGUGGUUGCAGCUGCAUUCGGUGUCAAACGCCCGGACUAUUUACAGAUUACCGUCUGGGGCAACGUUACGGGGGUGAGUUCCUCGGAUCCCGGGUGGAGGCAGCGGAGGGAUUUGCGUGGGAGUAAUGGGGGUUUCCGGCCCGAGGUGGGCGAUUGGGGGAGGGAGGGUCAUGAGGGGUGGUCUUGGUUAGAGGCACGGCAGGAAGCUACCAAUACUCAGAACUCGAACGAAAGUGUCUUCACCGACAAGCCGGGGACUUUGAAUUGGGGCCUAGCCAACUUUCGAAAUCCUACAUUUGACAAUGGUGUUCCGUACAACCUUUCAGGUUCCAUCGAGCACUCGGAAAAAUCUUGGCCGAAGGUUACAACUCUCGACCCCAGGGUUCAGAUAGCAUCGUUUGACACGCCGGUUGAUGCACUCCCCUUUUGCCAAGGUCAUCCCAUUGAUGGCAAUGGAAGCGCGUUUUGUCCUAUGGGUCCAGCCAGGAAUAUGUCCAAGAGCGACGCGCAUAAUUUGACUGUCUUGAUUAAGGAGCUUCCCUCGUUCACUUGGGAGCACAAUUUCACUUCUGGGUACAGCUUCGCUAGCAUCAGCACGACAUUUACUAUCAUGGCGGGGGACAAUGACAAGACCGUGAUUGGCUGCAUUCAUGUUGAGACCACCCCGAUGUUGGGAAAGUCAAAUGAUGGGGCUUUGACAUGGGUUCCCGCAGGAAUACUGGCUUUGGUUGCUCUGGGGACUGUUCUUGCGGCUAUGUUAAAUCCCUGGGUUGGAACUACCGAUAUCUUUAGGUGGAGCAGCAACUAUGGAAUGGAUGAGGAUAUGAUACGAUUGGUCACCCCCGGAUUUGCCGAUUGUCUCCAGUGGCUACAGUUUUUCGUUCUUACCGGGAGUUUAUCGCUUAGUUAUCCUGGCUUUUAUCAGCCUGUUGUUUCAAGAGUCGCUUGGAGUGCUUUGCUCUUCAAUACCAGCUUCUUCUCUCACAACCCCGUCAGUCGGCAGAGAUGGGCUGGCGAUGGUCUUUAUGCUUUGGAUGCCACCGCAUAUGGAUUCGAGAGGGUAGCUCAAGCUGUUGGAUUGCAGACGGUCGAUGAUAUCUGGGUGUGUGUUAUGGCAUUCUUUGGCGUUGUGGCGGUGGGAACGGUUGUCAUGCCUCAGGUAUGGUUUGCUGGGAAGUGGAUUGUACGAAGGGCUACGGGGCGUGAGGAAGGCGAUUUGACGAACAAGAACUUGCCAUUCACUUUUGGUAUGCGGAUUGAUGGGGGGAGUCGUGGUGCGUGGAAUGCUAAUUAUAAUUUCUCUGCACUAGGGAUGCUGAACCGUAUCACAUAUACAUACUUCCUCGCCCCGAUUCUGGCUGCUUCCACUUUUGUACUCACCACUCCUGGACGUGGUAGUAAUACCAUCGUUGCCCUUGCUGCGGCCCUGGUGUUUGUUAUUAUCGCAAUCGCUGUCUUGCUCACCAUUCGAAUCUGGAGUCACAAGCCCCGGUCUACGUUGUUUGAUAAUCUCCCUACUCUGCUCACCUUCGGGACAUUCUAUAACACCUAUCGGGAAAAGAAUCUCAAGUUCUUCAUUGUUCAACUGUUCGUCAACAUUAGCCGUGCGAUUGCUUUCGGAGCACUUCAACCAAGCGGGAUUGCUCAGAUUACCAUCCUGGCCAUUUGUGAGAUCGUCCUGAUCCUCACGGUAUGCGGAAUCAAACCCUAUGCGCCAGCAACAUCGAUGAAUGCUUGGCAAACAAUUUUUGCCGUCGUUCGACUACUGACCAUCUUGCUCAUGAUGGCCUUUGUGCCUAGUAUGGACGCCCAAGACGCGGCAAAGAGUUGGAUAGGAUAUGUUAUUCUUGUGAUACACGCCAUGGUUCUCAUAUUCGGCUUCUUUUUCAUGGCCGUACAAACAUUGUUGGAGUUGUUUAUUCGGGGAUGCGGUGGUGCUGAUGAGGGAGAGGCAGCCAGAGGAGGACUUGCUAAAGUAAGUGUCAAGAAGUUUUACACUCGUUUUCCCAACGCGCCUGGCUGUGAUAAGGUGAUUCUCGAUUAUGCGGAGCCCGCUCCAAUCCAACUGUAUUCACUGCCGAAUACGCGAUUGGAUCUGGAGGUAUGAGGGUAUCCAACAGUGGGCGGCAGAUUUGUCUGAUAUUACUUACUGUACAGAAAGUUAUGAGUGACUCGGGGGAUUGGACAAAGUCCUGAUCUUCAUGUUUAUAGCCAUCGCCACGCACUGUUUUCCUGUUUUAUGAUUACUUUUUUGUUGGUGAGCGAUAUACUAAGAGUAUUGUUUGCAUCAAGGUCUUCGGAAUGCGUCAACUUUCUCGUCGUAAACAUAAGCAACAUCGCGGCUCGGUCAAUCCCAGCAUCAUCAAUGUAUCAACACACGACGAGCAUAAAAUGCCAUCCACCACCAACAGUAGGCCGAUCGGAGUUGGUCCCCGUUCGCGCUCCGGAAGUUCAGCUAUACUGCUCGGGGGACAAGGGGUGCAAACGGGAGCAACCGGAAUGAUGGACGUUGGCAAUCAGACCAAUCAUCACCACUCUGGAAGCGGAAGUACCGGAUUUACCCCCACAACACCCGGAGCCGCUAGUAACUUUUCCUAUAUCGGUGGUGCUACUGCUGCGGGGCCUCUACUGAUGUUGGAUACUGGUGUCCCCGCUGCGGCGGGUCCAUAUUAUCGGCCACCGAGAGCCAAGGGAGGGACGUAUGGUCCAAGAAACCCGGGUGGGGGUAGUGGGAGUGAUAAUUAUUCACCCGGGACAAGGAGUGGAGGGAGUUGGGGCAGUGGGCCGUGGGCGCCGGCGGAUGCGACGGGGGCGCAGAGGAGUUCCCAAGGUAGUUUACCAAACGGACCCGACGAUUUGUGGAACCAGGGGCCAGGACCUGCUUCUGGGACAAGAUCCCCACGGGGUGCGGCUGAAAUUUCCCAAGGAGGAGUGCUGGAGCCAUUGGCCCACAGACAUACGGAUAGUUCAGUCACGGCCGGGAGCGUGAGGAACACCGCGCCAACGGAUUACACGACACGGGAGGUGGACUAUUACUACGGAGUGCGUGGGCCAGCCCUCAACCAUCAGCCCGGUCGACGAUUAGGUACAGGGCCGGCAGAUCCUACCGGGCCCGUCGCAGUGACAAAAGGUUGGCUCUGGAAAAGCCUAGGUUGGGGGUUUCGGGGAAAGAAAGAAACUGGUUUCACUGUCGUCCGCAGCAGCCGUGCGCCAGAAGAACUGCUAGAUGCCGAGCGAGAGGCAAAGGGCAUAGGUAUGGCCGUCACAAGCCAAACCCCACCUGUACCCGACCAGAGCGGCAGCAGCGACAGCGAAGAUGACACCGGCGACGAAGAAGAGGCUGGCAAGCGCUCUGGGCGACGGAGGCGGGGAGGGAAAAAUUCAUCGCCAAUGAGCCACUUGACCGGGCGUUCGAACGGCCGCCGGAAAAGCCUAUCGCUGAUCAGUCAGAACACGGACUCGGAUUCAGACGGUGGGGACGGGGGUGAAGCCGCGGGGCCCAGCUCAAGAAUGUUAGACAAGAAACCGGCGGCAGCCUAUGACGGGUCUAACAACAUCGGGCUCCGGCACCAGGACAGUGUCAAGCCUCAGGUUCCGAGAAAGUCGUCCAAGAGAAAAUCGGUGUCUUAUUCAACAUCCAUGAACCCGAACCCACCGGUUAAUAGCCCACUGCAGCAACCGUUGCAGCAGCAGCAGCAACAGCCAUUACGGUCGACUAGUCCUCCCGAUAGCCCAAUCCAAUCACGCCUUCCGCACCAACCUUACGACCCUCCGCCACUGCGCCCAUCGCUGCACCCUCGUCACCCGCAAUACGAUACAAGGAACUUGACCCCUGCCCAUCACAACAGUAACACUUCUGGUCGCCUUCCUUUCACCACCGCCUCCUCCGCACACGAGGGUCAGGAAAGUACGCACACAAGAAGUAUCAGCACGAGUAGCAGCCUACUCCCACCUCCACCGGAGAUCAUGGCCGAUGAUAACGCGUUAAGUCGCCCGCCAUCGGUGGGCACUGUGCAUCGAUAUAGGAUGGAGGAUUCAUUGAGGAACUCGGACGUGGCUGAGGGGGGGAGGAGUGGAAGUUUGGUA